CACACGUUCGAAUCUCGACCUCAAAUCUCUUUCUAACACACAUAACACGUGAAUCUCGCUCUCUUUUCUGGAUCACUCAUCUAUCUACCAUCUAUUUCGAAUCUCAAAGAAUGAUGAAACCCACAUCGAAAAACCUAUCCUUACAGUGAAAUUCCUCGAUUUUGUUUUUUCUCUUCUUCUCCGGCGAAAUCUGUGUGAAUUCCGGGGGUAACCACGGCUAUACACGGGAUAUACUCACGGCCUUUGAGCUCUCAUGUCCAACGCAAGGGUUGCUUAAUCGUAACUAACACUUCGCCGCACGGAGGACGUGGAGCUCUGCCGUCUGAAGGCGGCAGUCCUUCCGAUCUCCUCUUCCUCGCCGGAGGCGGUUCCUUUAUCACCAUUGAUCUCUUUUCCAUUUUUUAAUUAGGUCUUUUUAGUUUCUUAAUCUGUAUAUCAUCUCGGGAGGGGUUUUGUUUUUUGCUCUUUUCGAAAAAAAUGUUGUUGAAGAUCAAAAGGGUUCCCACCGUCGUGUCUAAUUACCAGAAAGACGAGACGGCGGAAGAAGGCGGCGGGUGUGGUCGGAAUUGCCUGAGCAAGUGUUGCAUCAAUGGGGCAAGACUUCCUUUGUAUACAUGCAACAAUGUGGAUAAAUCCGUCGGAGAAAAAGCGGAAUCUCCGGUGGCAUUCCUAGAUUCUCUAGUUCUUGGAGAGUGGGAAGAUCGGUUUCAAAGAGGACUCUUUCGUUAUGAUGUUACCGCCUGUGAAACCAAGGUUAUACCGGGGAAGUACGGUUUUAUCGCGCAGCUAAACGAAGGUCGUCAUCUCAAGAAGAGACCAACCGAGUUCCGUGUUGAUAAAGUUCUUCAACCAUUUGAUGGAAACAAAUUCAAUUUCACUAAAGUUGGUCAAGAAGAGUUGCUUUUCCAGUUUGAAGCUACCGAUGAUGACGACGAUAGAGAAAUCCAGUUCUUCCCCAACAUGCCUCUAGACGCGGACAAUUCUCCAAGCGUCGUUGCAAUCAAUGUGAGUCCAAUUGAGUAUGGACAUGUGUUGCUGAUUCCUUGUGUUCUUGAUUGCUUGCCUCAAAGGAUUGAUCACAAAAGCCUUUUGCUUGCUAUUCAAAUGGCGACUGUAGCCGCUAAUUCGUAUUUCCGACUUGGAUACAAUAGUUUAGGUGCAUUUGCUACCAUCAACCAUCUUCACUUUCAGGCUUACUACUUGGCAAUGCCAUUCCCAAUCGAGAAAGCUCCUUCCUUGAAGAUCACUACCACAAAUGACUGCGUCAAAAUCUCGAAACUCUUGAAGUAUCCUGUGAGAGGUCUUCUCUUUGAAGGUGGAAGCUCCAUUAAAGAUCUGUCUGAUACUGUAGCAAACGCAUCCGUUUGUCUUCAGAACAACAACAUUCCUUUCAACAUUCUCAUCUCAGAUUCUGGGAAACAAAUCUUCCUUCUUCCUCAGUGUUACGCAGAGAAACAGGCUUUAGGGGAAGUGAGCUCGAAGCUGUUGGAUACGCAAGUGAAUCCAGCGGUUUGGGAGAUGAGUGGUCACAUGGUGUUGAAGAGGAAAGAAGAUUACCAAGGAGCUUCAGAGGAGAAAGCAUGGAGUCUUCUCGCUGAAGUAUCUUUAUCAGAGGAGAGGUUCAAAGAAGUUAACACUAUGAUCUUUGAAGCAAUGGGUUUUAGUGGUGAAGAAGAAGAGCUUGAAGAGCAGAGUUCCAUGGAUGGUGGCUUCAUAAGAGCACAGUGUUGUCCUUCAGUGAAAGAAGAGGCUGUAUCUAAUUGAAUGGGGCUUCUAAAAGCUUCUUUAAAACUAAUAAUAAUAAUAAUAUAUAUGCAAACUUGUGUUUGAAGUUUGUAACUUUUGUUGGUUUAUGAUGUUUAACAUUUGCAAACUCUUUUCUACUUAAAUGAAACUCGAAAAAGAAUUCCAAA